UAUAACUGGGCGCUGUGCCUUACUGGACGGCAGAAGCUUUCAGUGCAGAGACAGGACAAUCCCCACUGGAAAGAGACUCUGCCACAGCUCAGCACAAAACUGGUUCCCAUGAGGCAAAUUGACCUGAAGAUCAUUAUAUUGGGAGCACUUGGGGUGGGAAAAACCUCCAUCUUGCACCGGUACAUACACAACAUCUUCUAUGAGGACUAUCGUUGCACUCUGGGAGCCAAUAUCCAACAGAAGGGCAUCAGUGUGAAUGGCCAGGCUGUUAGGUUACAGGUCUGGGACACUGGAGCACAGGAAAGGUUCCGCUCGAUGGUCUCACUUUUCUACAGGGGGCUGGAUGGCUGCAUCCUGACCUUUGACCUCACAGACCAGGACACCUUCAGAGAGCUGGACAGCUGGAGGCAGAGCAUUCUGGAACAGAGCCAGGCAGCGGACGCUGACUUACCAUUUAUUGUUCUGGGCAACAAAGCAGAUGUUAAGGACAGACAGGUGAGUCGGGCGGAGGCUGAGGCCUGGUGUAAUGAGAGGAACCUGACCUAUUUCGAGGUGAGCGCCAAGGAGAGCAUCAAUGUGGAGAAGGCCUUCACUGCAGUAGCCAGCUAUGCCCUCUGCUGGCACAAAGAGAAGUUUGUGAGCAACCUGACAGACUCCAUCAAACUGAAGGAGGACAAUAAAGGGCAGAAGACCUGCUGUGCGUAGAAGGUGAAUUCCAUAAGACAAUUAGUGAAUUAGUGCAGAUGGAACCUAGAGUCCAUUGUGUCUGAAGCUGCUUGUUGCAAGGGACCUUUGGCUUGAACCUCUCUAACCCUGUUGUAUCGCUCAUUAUUGUAGGCAGAUAUAUCUCAGAAUAUUAGGUGAAUGAUCUGCUGUUUUUACUGGCUGCCCAUUAUUUUGACAUGGAUGUCAUGAGGGGCCGGGUGGGAUGACACCAACCAGGAGAUGUUUGGUUUUAUUUUUCUUGUUUACAUGUUUAGAUUUUAUUUGAAAUGGCACUUUAAAUAUAGUAGUUGGCCAAUUUUUAGGUAUACCUAUAGAGUAUAUAUACCUCAAAUUUUCCAAUCCUAUCCUGAGAUCAAGAAUGGAGUAAAAAGCAAUCCUGUACCAAUUCCACCAUCUCAAGUUCAUUUACAGUAGAUCCAGAGACUAUGUCCCACUAGUCAAACAGUAUUUGCCUUUUAAGGGUACCCAUUUAAAUCUGGUCACUGUAUUUCCAUAUUUCAUUCUGUGGUUGAUAUUAUUGUGUUAUUUGUAUAUUGUUUGAUGUUAUGUGUAAUGUCUGUUGUAUUAUAGUGUACCAUUAGUCAGAAAUAAUGCACGUCUUUUAUACAAUGCACAAGUGUACAGGUCACUGCCUCUGUGUGAACAGGCUCCUAAGCUCUAAACCUCAAGCUCUCUCUCAAUGACCAUGAGAAGAGCUUUGCUACAUAAUCGCUACAUUGCCCGGUGAAGUAUGUUCGGUGGACAGUCAUUCUAACCCAGGUUAUUGAGUGAUACUGGUAAUUAGUGAAUCCCAUUCAAGUCUCCCAUUAACAGAUGAACUCGGGAUUCCAUAAUAGAGUUUCCAGGAACCAACCAUUCAGGCACAAUAAUUGAUCAAUAAACAUCAUCAUAAACAAAUAAAACAAUAAAUAAAUAAAAACAAAUAAACAAUAAAAGAAUAAUUAAUUUCCCUACACAUUGAUGGAGAUCAAAAUUAUUUGAGCUGAUUUUUCCUACAGUACUGUAGUGGAGUAUUUAUUAACUGGUAUGUCGUGACCCAAAAGCAGGUUUGCAGUGUGUGGUUUUUAAAAAGUUACUUUUGCUGUUGUCACACCCUACCCUAGUCAACAACAUUUUACUUUUUUGGCAUGAAACUUAAUGACCACGGAAAAAUGUGUCUUGAGGUAGGGGUGUGUGGGUUGGUUUCGACAAACCAAUAAACUGGUAACAGCAAA